UGGCGGUCCUUCAUCCAUAAGGAAAUAGGUAUCACCACCAAAUUAAAAGCAAGUUAUUUCCUCCUCCUCAUCCACCAUAAUGCAUCCACAUCCGCCGCCUUAUACAAAAGCGCCGCGCUAUAGCGGUGAGUAUUACUAUGAGGAAAGGCCAAGAGGAGGAAACCCUUGCUUGAAAUGCAUUUGCUGCUGCUAUUGCAUCCUAUUUUUCAUCAUCCUUCUCGUAUCCGCCCUCGCCUUCUAUUUCUACACGGUCUACCAACCAAAAUUACCACAUUACAACGUUGAAGCACUUGAGGUUAAGGAAUUCGGAUAUCAACCUGAUUUCACCCUCACAAUGGCUAUUAUUGUCACUAUUAAAGCAGAGAAUCCUAACAAAGCGAUAGAACUAACUUACGGGGAAGCUAGCUCUAUGAACGUGACCUACACUGAUUCAACAUUAUGUUCUGGAAAAUUACCAGCUUUCCAUCAGGGACAUAAGAAUACAACCAUAAUCCAGGUUGAACUCAAGGGAAAAAGUCAGUUUGGAUCAGGUCUAUAUGAGGCAAUGCAAGAAAAUGAAAAAAAUGGCAAAGUUCCAUUAUUGGUGAUAGUUAAGGUACCUGUGGAGGUUCUGUUCGGAACACGUCGUUUAAAGCAAUUCAAUGUGCUUGCAAACUGUUCUUUAAUUGUGAAUAACUUGAAGGCAGGCAAGAAAGCUGAGAUUGUUGAAAGCAAGUUCACCUACAAAUUAUCACACUGAUAAAAUCCUCCCCUGGAUCUUCUCAAUUUUUUUAAGUGUAUAUAUAUGGUUGUAGUAUUUUAUUGGUUCGUGACCUUAGAAAACGAACCAUGGCAGUUCUCUUCCUUGUAUCAAUUCUGAGAAAAAUAUAUCAUACAAGUACAAUAUAUAAGGAUUAAUUGAGAGCAAAUAUAUAGUUUCUUAGGCUUUUUGA